AUGGCUGAAAACAUAUCAGCACUGAUAGCGCGAAGAGGCCAAUUAAAGGCAGCGAUAACUAGAUUCUCAACUUAUAUACAAUCAGAAGGACGAGAAGUCGUACAGAUUGAGAUUCGUAAAGCAAAAAUAGAAGAGAACUGGUACGAAUUUGAAAAGGUACAAUCGGCAAUAGAGGACAACGACGAAGAAAUACGAAAUACAAGUGAACAUUAUCCCUACCGAAUAGAAUUUGAAAACUUGUACUUUAAGGUCAUGUCAGAAGCCGAGAUAUGUAUAAGAGCGUCAAAAAGGGAAAAUUCGAAGGUCGAAACAAUAAAUUUGAUCGAUUGGGGUCAAAACAGCGAAGAAAAAACACAAAGAGGCAGUACGAAAUCAAUAGUUAGAUUGGCUCCAUUAAAUAUUCCAGUUUUUUCAGGAAAAUAUGACGAAUGGAUGUCAUUUAAGGAUAUUUAUAUGUCUGUAAUGCAUACUAACGAGGACUUGACUGCCAUAGAAAAGUUUUUCUAUUUAAGGUCAUCUCUGUCAAACGACGCAGCAAGUUGUAUAAAAUAUUUGGAAACUACCGCAACAAAUUAUGAUAUAGCUUGGAAAAGUCUGAUCAAUAGAUACGAUAACAAAAAAAUUUUGAUACAGACGCACGUAAAAAAUAUUGUGGAUUUGCCUCCAAUAAACGAGAGCACCUCGACAAAAUUACGUCAAUUUUCCGACGAUCUCGUCAGCAAUAUGAAAGCUCUAGAAACGCUUGGACAGAAGCCGAAAGAGUGGGGUCCACUGUUGUUGCAUAUACUGUGUUCAAAAUUAAACAACGAGACGUUGAAAGAGUGGGAGAGUAAAUCGGUCAAGGACAAAAUACCGUCCGUUACGGAAUUAAUCCAGUUCAUAGAGGAUCGAUUCCAAAUAUCCGAAUCCAUUGAAUCGUCGAAAUAUAUAAAUACAGAGUCUGCAAAAAAGGAAAAAGGUCUUUCAAAGUUUAUUAAAAAUAAUAAAUACAAAGCCGCAACAAGUUCAACGGCAUUUACAUCGACAGCUACGGCUAUAUGCUAUGCGUGUAAUCAGCCGCACACUAUUUAUAAAUGUCCCGUAUUUACUUCUUUAUCGGCACGUGAUCGUAUUGACAAAGUAGUCCAACUGGAUCUGUGCAAAAUUUGUUUACGCAAACACAGCGGUAGUAAAUGUUUUGGUAAAUAUUGUUUUAAAUGUAAUAAACCACAUAACACGAUGUUACAUUUAAACCAAAAACCUAAUAUCAACGAACAAGUAGUAAACACAGAUAAAGGUGAACAGAUGGCUACGACGUCAACGACAGCACAUGUCGCUAACGAGACAGAUAACGUGUUGCUAGGUACCGCAGUAGUAGAAGUAUUCGGCUUAAACGGCGAGAAGACUUACGCCCGGGCAUUGCUCGAUUCGGGGUCUACUAAUCAUUUCAUUUGUGCGGAGUUGGUAAACAGUUUAAAAUUAAUUAAAAAUAAGACUAAUCAUAUUGUUUACGGCAUUGGGAAUUCAAAACAAAACGUGACGGCAACGGUAUCGUUAAGAAUCAAAUCGCGUGUGAGUGAUUAUGAAAUAAACACGCAAUUAUUAAUUGUUCCAAAAAUCACGGGAGAGUUACCUGCGCGGAGUGUGUCUAAAAGUAAGGUGAAACUCGAAAAGAUUACACUUGCGGAUCCGUCAUAUAACGUUCCGCAGAAAAUUGACAUAUUAAUUGGAGCACGUCAUUUUUAUGAUAUUGUGGGAGCUCAGCAGUAUAAACCGGAGUCAAAUGGCCCUGUAUAUCGCGAGUCUAAAUUUGGAUAUAUUAUUUCUGGUUUAACAUCAAAUGACACAAACAUAAAAAACACGAUUUCCUGUUAUGCAUCAAACAGUCAUGAAAACAAAUAUGAGUCUUUAGAAAAUGUAAUACAACAGUUUUGGCGCGUCGAGGAUUAUGGCCAAAGCAAACCGUACACGAUGGAAGAACAAACUUGUGAACAACAUUUCAAGCAGAACGUUAGUCGCAGCGAGAGCGGUCGAUUUGUCGUACAUCUACCGUUUCGCGGAAACGUCUCAAAAUUAGGCAAUUCCUACGACAUCGCAAAAGGAAGAUUAUUCGCAAUAGAAAGGCGAUUUAGAAAAAAUCCCUCGCUGAAAAAGGAUUACGUAAAAUUUAUGAACGAAUAUGAAAAAUUAAACCAUAUGACACAGAAUAUGGAUAACGAAGAAAUCGAAUUGCCCGGUCGUAUGUGCUAUCUAGCUCACCAUUGCGUCCAAAAUGAAAACAGUCUCACAACAAAAUUACGCGUAGUAUUUGAUGCAUCAACAAAAACAGAAAGUGGGUUUAGUUUAAACGACGUACUACAAAAGGGACCGUCAAUACAAGAAGAAUUAAUUCACAUAUUAGCCAGAUUUCGCACGCACAAUUUUGUGUUAACUGCCGAUAUAAAAAAAAUGUACCGACAGAUACAGGUCUGUGAGCAACAUCGUGAUUAUCAGCGUAUAUUGUGGAGAGAGAACGAUAAUGACCCUAUAAAGAUAUAUCGAUUAAACACUGUCACCUAUGGGACAGUACCUGCGUCUUAUCUCGCGACGGCUUGCUUACAAAGAUUAUCGGAAAUCGGACAAGUUCAAUAUCCAACAGUAGCACCAUUAAUUGCACAUGAUUUUUAUAUGGACGAUUUUAUCAGCGGCGCAGCUACAAAGAAAGACGCAAUCGAGAUACGCAAUGCACUUAUCAAAUUAAUGUCUACAGCUAAAUUAGAGCUAGGUAAAUGGGCGUCUAACGAUUUGGAUAUAAUUCGAGAUGGUUUCGACAACAAUGAUGGCUUAGUGGAUUUUCAAGAGACAAGUAAUGAUUUAACUAGAAUACUUGGUCUAUAUUGGGACUCUCACACCGAUGAACUUAAAUAUAAGAUAAAUGAAACGUCGUUAGUAACGCCUCUUACUAAACGCAACAUAUUGUCCGAUAUUGCACGUAUAUACGACCCACUCGGCUUAAUUGGUCCGGUAAUAGUAUGUGCAAAAUUAAUCAUGCAAGAGUUAUGGAAAGAGGGUUUAUCUUGGUCAGAACCGGUUUCGGAAAAGAUAAGCAGUGAGUGGUAUAAAUACAAAUCCGAAUUAUCGCAUCUAAAUGCAAUUAAAAUUCCGCGUCAAAUUACGAUAAACGAUAAAAUACACUCGAUACAAAUACACGGUUUCGCGGACGCGAGUAUUAAGGCAUAUGGAUGUUGUUUGUAUUUACGUUGUACGGACAUGAAUAACAAACAUAAGAUACAAUUAAUUUGCGCAAAGUCAAAGGUAGCACCACUAAAAAUAUUGUCGCUACCACGAUUGGAAUUGUGCGCCGCUCUAUUGCUAGCAAAGGUAGCAAAUAAGAUCGUACCAAGGUUGAAAUUGUCAAUCAGUAAAGCAUAUUAUUGGACCGAUUCCAGCGUCACAUGGUGCUGGAUUACGUCAACGUCGAAAAAAUGGAAAACCUUCGUAGCACACCGAGUUGGUCAAAUUCAAGAGAUCACGUCUCCCUCAAACUGGUUUCACAUUAGCGGUGUCGAUAAUCCAGCUGACGUGAUUUCACGCGGUUGUUGUCCCACCCAAUUAGCUAGUUUAUCAGUUUGGUGGAACGGGCCAAGUUGGUUGUCACGACACGAAAACGAGUGGCCUGAUACAACGAACCGCUCAUUAGAUUGCAACGAGGAGAGCGCAGAAACAAAAAUAAAUGAGAUAAGCGCUCUAUGCACUACGGCAAGGGAUAUAAAUAUCAUAAAUCGGUAUUCGUCUUUCGGUAAAUUGAUAAGAGUCGUAGCAUAUUGUUUACGAUUUAAAGCUAAUUGCUUACGUAAAACCGACAAACCAGGCGAUCGGUGCCGACUGAUUGGUAAUUUAAGUGCUGACGAAAUAAAAUUGGCAAAAACGGCAUUAAUUAAAGUUGUUCAAAGAAAUGAGUUUGCUAAUGAGAUAAAAUCUAUGCUUAACGGAGAGGCAAUAUCAAGUAAGAGUAAGUUAUUUCGUCUGCGACCGUUCUUAGAUAAGAAUAAUAUAAUACGCGUGGGUGGACGAUUAAAACAUGCAGCAUCAAUUUCGAUAUUCCAGCGUAACCCUAUAGUGUUACCACCAAAUAGUAAUUUCACGAAAUUAUUGUUAUGUAAUGAGCACGUAACACUAAUGCAUGGAGGUCCACAAGCUAUGUUAUCGUCGGUACGCAUGAGCUACUGGCCAAUUAACGGUCGCAAUUUAGCACGAAACAUAGUAAAUAAAUGCGUUAUUUGUUUUAAACAAAAACCUAUUAUAAUGCAACCGAUAAUGGGUGAUCUGCCUAAACAUCGGGUAUCUCCAGGCCGCGCGUUUCUAAGAUGUGGAGUAGACUUCGCCGGGCCCUUCAUGGUUAAAACUAGCACUCGAAGAAAUGCCCCGAAAGUGAAGUCUUAUGUAAGCGUUUUUAUUUGUUUAGCUACGCGAGCUAUACAUCUCGAGCUCGUCAGUGACCUGAGCACCGAUGCUUUUAUACGCGCAUUAAAUAGAUUUUUUGACCGUCGGGGAAAAAGCAUGGUAAUAUACUCAGAUAAUGCAACGAAUUUCGUAGGGGCCAACCGGAAACUAAAGGAAUGGUACCAAUUAUUUCAUAGUGACGAAAAUAAAAAAAGGACUAUGGAUACGUUAUCAGAUUUAGGCAUUGAUUGGAAAUUCAUACCUGCCCGUUCACCUCACUUCGGCGGUCUAUGGGAAGCAGGUGUAAAAUCCAUGAAAUCUUUAUUAUCCAAAGUCUUGGGUGAUUCGUACUUUACUUACGAGGAGUUGCUAACUAUUAUAACCCGAGCAGAGGCGUGUCUAAAUAGUCGUCCUUUAACACUUAUGUCCUCCGAUCCUAGUGAUAUGUCUCAUUUAACUCCCGGGCAUUUUCUCAUCGGUGACUCUCUCUCCGCCAUACCAGAAAUUGAUGACACAAACGUACCAACAAAUUAUCUAUCUCGUUGGCGACGCGUGUCACAAUAUUCGGAUAUUCUAUGGAGACGGUGGAGCAAAGAGUAUCUGUCCCAACUUCAGGAACGGGCAAAGUGGGCAAGCGAAAAGGGUGUCAAACUGAAGGAAGAUUCCAUUGUACUCAUGCGCGAUGAAAACCUUCCACCAAUGAAAUGGCGUUUAGGUCGGAUUAUCAAUGUCAUACCAGGGCAAGACGGUGUUAUACGCGUGGCUGACGUUAAAACGGCGAAUGGAACUUUUCGUAGAGCCGUCAGGCAAUUAUGUCCAUUGCCAUUUGUGGGUAAUUGUAAUUUGUAA